AUCAUUCAAGAUGGAUAUGAGCCUAGAUGAUAUAAUAAAAAGCAAGAAAAUUGCCGUGGCCCCAUCCAAACGAUUGGCCGUCAAGAAACCACCAUUGAGGAAAACAUUAAAUAGGCCGGCAUUCAAAGAGGCUGCUCGCAUUACAGAUGCUCGUAUGAAAAUCAUACAGAAAAAUCGUGCCAAAAUUCGUGAUGCCAGAGAUAAGUUGGUCGAAAUAACCCGUAACAAUGGUGAUGUACGCAAGAAGUUGUCACAGAAACAGGAUUUGAUCGUAUCGAAGCCGCCAUAUAAGGCUAGCAGUUUUAAAUACAGUCGAUUGGGUGGCGGUGAUGUUGGUGGUCGAAUUGGUGGUAAACUUGCAGCCGAUGCUGGUGGUUUGAAGACCCGCAAUGCUGGCUAUAAGACCUCGUUGUCCACAGCAUCGUUGCGCCGCAAUGAGGUAUUGGAAAUACCCCGUGGCUAUGUUGAUUAUGAUAAUAUGGAGAAAAUGGAAGAGGAGGAAUAUGCAGCUGCCACAAGACUUAGCCGUACCGUCAGAAAUGACAUGGUCUACGACCUUGGAUCUUCAUCAUCACGACGUUUAGAUAGUUGGGGCACCGUACACAAUGAUCACUACGAUCCAUUCGAUGUUUAUGAAGUUCCUCAUAAUGCACGUCAUGAACGUCGCCUAUCACCUGAAUUACCACCACCACCAGCAAAAGGUAUUCUAAGAUCGUCAUCGCUGCGUGAUCGUAGCCCCGAUCCCUACCAACGACGUUAUCCAAGUGAACAUUCAUCACAUCUAUCGUAUGAGAUGCGUUCACGUUUAGAGCGUGCCCCAGAUCCACAUGCUUCCAUGGGUAUUUUCUCAAAUCCCCUGACACCACCAUCACCACCAAAUGGUUCAUCGUCAUCAUAUGGUGGUCUGUCCAAAUCAUUAUCAUCAUCGUCGGCGUCGUCAUCAGGCUAUCGUAUAGUUGUUAGUAAUUUACAUCCCAGUGUAACACAAUCGGAUAUUAAGGAACUAUUCGAAGAUAUUGGUGAAUUGUAUGAUUCGCGAAUUGUUCGGCCUGGUGUAGCUGAAAUUAUUUAUAAGUCAUUGGCUCAUGCCGAGAAGGCCGUAGAUACUUAUCACAAUCGUCAAUUAGAUGGUCAACCGAUGAAGUGUCUUUUGGUUAAUCCCAGAGCCUCGAAUAAACCCACAGCACCUGCAAUAAGAACUUCAAGUUCACACUCAUCAAAUAAGACUCCCCUAGAGAUUGAUAUAGAUGCUUUACAUAAAGUGCUUUUCCGGCGUCAUUAGUAUUGUAUUUUCCAUUAACAAAUAAAAUAAACAACAAAA